AUGGAAUUCGAACUAUGUCAUAAGGAUCCCAAAGAGAAACAAUACUUCUUCCUCUCAUCCGUAUUGGUCAGUGAAGAGGGAAUGGAAAUGAAUGGACACAUCAGUAACAACACGAUCGAUUUUGAUUAUAUAUUUUAUGGUUAUCCAGUACCAAAAAUUCCGGCUAGUGAAAAACCACAACGAAAAAGGAUUCAACUUCAUAUGCGCUUGAGAAACUUCAUACCAUUUACAUUCACUGGUGCAAUAUCGUAUGCUGGUUCGUUCUUUCAGGGAGAUUGCCGUGAAGGCGUAACAUACUUGAUCUUCGAUACUCCGAUCGCCAUAAAACCUGGAUUGCAUCUGACAGUAUUUUAUUCCAAUAGUAUUAAUUUAACUCGACCCAUACAAGAUGAAAGACAAGUACGAUAUUAUAUGUCCUCAAAUAUAGAGUUCACAGAGGGUGAUUACGAAGGCAGCAAAUUCUGUUCAAAUUUCAAUACUCAGAUCAGUGAUAAUGCUUCUGCAAGUGUAAAUCUAGGUAUGAAAUUUUCACGACCUAUACAGAUAAUAGAUUAA